GAUACUACAGUCAUAUAUUCUGAUGAAGCGACAUCUACAACAUCGACAAAAGUAGAAAAUAUGACAACUGAAUACAGUACAGUACCUCUUAUAAACCAGACUACUACCACAAGUCAACCAUACAGUUAUGAAAAUGACACCUUCAGUACAACAACCUCAACGACAACGAUGACAACUACAGUAGAAACAACUACAACAACGAUGGAUGAACUCAUUAUGCCAGAUAAUUCAAGUAUUCAAGCUAAUACUACAAGGAAUCCGAAUGAGACAGUUACCAUCAUUUAUCCAACAGAACCACCAAAUUUACCAUGUCAUCUAGUUUGUCCAGCUAUUCAAGGCAAACGUUAUUGUUGGGGUCCAGGACCUGAUCAAUGUCAAGCAGUUCAUAAAUGUCAAGUUCAUCUAUGUGAAGGAUCAAAUUGGUGUUUUCGUGCAAGAUCUUAUGCAUAUAACAAAGAAACUUCAACUCAUCAUUCACGUCGAAUUCAUUCAGGUACAAAUUAUGGUUAUGCAAGAGAACAAUGCUGUCAUUCUGAAUGUGCUGCUGGUUGUAAUGGUCCAAGAGCUCAAGACUGCAAUGCAUGCUUACGUCAAUCAAAUCGUGGUAUUUGUACAAAUUCAUGUCCAGCAUCUAAAGUAUAUAAUAAGUCAACAUAUACUUGGAAAGAAAAUCCCGAUGGACUGUUAACAUUAGGGUCAAUCUGUGUAAAAUCCUGUCCAAAAGCUUAUUUACGUGAUGGUGAUCAUUGUGUCACAAAAUGUGCACGUCCAGGUUAUUUUGCAUAUCAUGGUGAAUGUCUUCCAUGUCCAAAUUCUAUUUGUCCUAAGAUUUGUACAUUGAAAGAAAUCGAAUCAAUAAAAGGUGUUGAUUAUUUAAGGCGUAAAUCGCUACGUGCAAUGGAGAAUUGUACAUUAUUUGAAGGUGAUAUUAAAUUAUCAAUGCAAUCAUUUAUUGGUGAUCCAUUUUAUAAUUUAUCACAAGCUGAUGAAGGUGUACAAUGGAAAGAUCUUGUUAUUGGUUUAUCCAAAUUAGAGCAUAUUACAGGUUCACUUUAUAUCAGUGCUGGAUCACAUGCCCCGUGGUUAACUAAUCUGACUUUUCUUUCGAAUGUUAAAAUAAUUAGUGGAGUAAGUCCAAAUAUUCAAAAGACACGAACAAUCAAUAUCAAUCUAAAUCAUCAUCUAGAAUUUUUAGGUAUGACAUCAUUACGUAAACUUGGUCAUCCAAGUUUACUAAUCACUGGAAAUCCUCGCCUAUGCUAUGUCGAUACAAUUGAUUGGACAAGUCUAAUGACUGAUGAAUUGAUUUCACCACAAAUCAGUUUCUAUGACAAUGGGGAUAGACGAUUAUUAUUAUUUAAAAAAUCUUCAAAAUCUGAUGAUGUAACAACUGACAACUGGUCAGCUCAAAUUUCACUGCCUAAUAGAAAAACACUCAAGAGAAGAAGACCAUUGAAAGAUUCAGCUAUUUUUGUUGGUGGAAAUGCUCAUUUUGAAUUUUGCAGAGGACGUGGUGCAAUGUGUGAUGAAGUUUGUCAGUCAGAUACUGGUUGUUGGGGUCCAGGUAUACAAUUCUGCUUUCAUUGUAAAUAUUGGUCUGUUGAAUACACCGGAGGACAAUUAUGUGUGCAAAAAUGUGAAGAUGUACCUGGAUUUUAUACUCCAUUAGGAAAAGGAAUAGUAAAUGAUACGGAAAUAAUAGUCCCUCAAGAAGAAGUGUUAAAUGUCAAAUCAAAUACACUAACAACUACCUUAGAAGCAACAAGUAAUACGGAUAAUUUAUCGAGUGAAAUCACUGAAACUACUGAAAUCAGUAGUAAAUCACAGAAUAUUGAAAAUAAGUCGUCAAAUCAUCAUAUUUUACCACCAAUGCAAUGUCAAAAAUGUUCACCGAUGUGUCAGUUACAAAAGAAUACAUGUUAUGGACCAAAUGAUGAUCAGUGUGUUGGUGGCUGUCAAGAAGUACAGGAUGGUCCAUUCUGUAGAGCUUAUUGUCCGCCUAAUAAAUAUGCAGAUUCCGCAAGUAAACAAUGCAUGGAAUGUUCUACAGCAUGUACACCGCCAGUAGAUACAGGAGAAGAUAAUGCAUCAGCGAACGGCAAACGUUUCGAUCAGACAACUGGUCUUACAAUGCAACAUCAUUGUUCCGGCAAUGGAGAUUGGCCAGGGGUUGGUGGGUGUUAUUUUUGUAAACGAACAGUUUUAAAUUUGGAGCCAAAAGAUUCAGAUCAUCAUUUAAAGUGUGUAAAUAGUUGCCCAUUUGGUACUUAUUUACACGUGAUCAAUUUACAUCACAGAGGUGGAUCAAGUGUCUAUCCACAAUCGACAGUUAAUCUUCACAUGAAGAAAAAAGGCAUAAAUGAAUCGACAACAGCAACCACAACAACAACAAAAACAACUGACUUACUAUUCACACAUUUUCCAUGGAGUCAAACUGAUGCAGGCUUAUUUCAUAAAUUCUCAACAAAAAUUAUCGAAGAAUUAGCUAAUUGGUUAGUUAAUCAUACACAACCGAAGUUAUACGGGCUGGCACAAAUCUGUCUCCCGUGUAAUGAACAAUGUUAUAAAGAAAUGAGUGUAUCAACAAGAAAAUCAAUUCAUCAAAUAGGAUUAUCAUCUGUAGCGUGUUAUGGACCAAGUCCAGAACAAUGUGUACGUUGUGCAAAUGCAAAUUAUCAAGGUCGUUGUGUUUCAGCUUGUCCAAUCGGAACAUUUCCUCAGAAAAGAUUCUUAAGUAACCUUGACUUCAGUCAACCAAACUAUCUUCAUACAAAUCGACAGUCUCUUGAUAUUGUGAAAUCAUCAGUAAAUUGGUCUGAAUGUCUACCGUGUCAUAAAGAAUGUGAAAAUGGUUGUACUGGGCCAACAGCCAGAGAAUGUACACGUUGCCGACAUGUUAAAGUAUAUCUUGAUUCAGGAAAGAAUUCAUGGUUAUGCAAUCACACUUGCCCUGAAUCCAAUCCAUACAAAAUACAAGAUAGUAGAACAGGAGAUAUUGUCUGUUCCAGUGAUCCUUACAAGAUCCACAUAGUAGUAGUAGUAGUAUCAGCUAAUAAUGAUUCACACGCUACAAGAGAUCAUUUCACUUCUUCUCCUGGGACUAUUCCAAUUCUUGUAGAGAAAUUCACUGAUAACAACCACAACAACAACAACAACAACAGUGAAGCGAUUUAUCUCAUUGGACAAUUCUUGCAUAAUCGAUAUUUAUCUACAGAAAUGGCUGGUCUGUUAUCAGCUCUAUCAGCUUUGUUGAUCAUGUUAGCACUGAUCGCUUGUAUCAUAUACUGGACAAUACGUACACGAAUGAAAUAUGUAAAAAUUGAUACAGAUACAGAAAUUGAACAUGAUGCCAGUAAAGAUAAUAAAACGUCAGCUACAACAUGCCUUAUGAGAUGCGAGAAAUUUUGGACUCAAGGUCAACCUCGACCGACAGUGAUAAAAAAGGCGAAGGAGGAAAGAAGAAGAAGAGGAGGAGCUAACCAAUUAGGCAGAAGUAAAUUUUCAUUCAAGGACAAAUUUUUGAAUUCUUUAGAAUGGAAUAAUAAUGGAUCACAGAUACAAGGAGUGGGUAAAAAAUCGCUAGAAACCAAAGAGAAAACAAUGGAAGUUUUGAAUGAAGAAAUAUCGCCUAUGAUGCUUUCCAACACCCUAAAGCCAAAUAUGGCCACAUUACGCAUAAUUACUGAAUCAGAAUUGAUUCGUGGUCCAUCAAUUGGUUCUGGUGCAUUCGGCACAGUUUAUUGUGGUGUCUGGUGUCCAAAAUUGAAUAAACCGACGAAAAUUGAUACAUUGAAUGAUGCAUGUAGUACAGUGACGGUAGCGACAACAGCGAAUGGAGCAUCACCGUUAACACCAUCGACAACAGCAGCAGCAGGGACUCCCUGUUUAUCAACAUCAUUCAGUUAUGAUGGUAAUAAACCAACAAACGAUAUGGAAUCGAUUUCAACUUCAACCGAUGAGAAUUAUUUUAAUCUACAUAUACCGGUGGCUAUUAAAGUGCUGUCCGAUUCAGCUGAUCCACAAACGAAUAAAGAAUUAUUAGAGGAAGCAAAGGUAAUGGCAACUGUUGAUCAUCCAUGCUGUGUCCGAUUUUUAGCCUUAUGUUUAACAUCUAAACUACAAUUGAUUACACAAUUUUUACCAAUGGGUAGCCUGUUAGAAUUUGUUAAAACACGAUGGGAUACAAUUGAAGUUAGUUCAUUAUUUCAAUGGUCAGAACAAAUUGCCUCUGGUAUGGCAUAUUUAUCAAGUCGUGGUAUAAUACAUCGUGAUCUAGCUGCAAGGAAUGUAUUGGUUCAGUCAAAAGAUCAAGUUCAAAUAACUGAUUUUGGAUUGGCUAAAUGUUUAGAUACAAAUAAUAGUGAAUAUCAUGCAAGCGGUGGACGUAUGCCUAUCAAAUGGUUAGCUAUUGAAUGUAUUCAUGAUAGAAUCUUUUCGAGUAAAUCUGAUGUAUGGGCUUAUGGUGUAACUUUAUGGGAAAUGUGUACAUUUGGACAAAGACCGUAUGAAAAUAUACCAGCAAGAGAUCUGUUAAACUUUUUAGAGAAAGGCAAUCGUUUACCUCAACCAGAAACAACAAGUUUAGAUUUUUAUUGUUUAAUGCUGCAAUGUUGGCAUACUGAUCCAAACUACAGGCCUACAUUCAAAGAAUUAUGUUUAGUCCUGUGUGAAAUGAAGGCAACACCAAGUCGUUAUUUAUUUAUCAUGCCUGAACUUCGUCUGUAUAAUUCCAACAGCAGUCAACAGACAUCAACAUCACAAAGUGCAUUUGAAUUUUUAAGUAGUCGUCUUAGCGAUAUAGUCAUUCCAUCAUCACCGUUGCCACAACAACCACCUACUCAAUCAACUAUUUCAACCAAUCAUCAAACUGAUCUUAGUCAUGAAUUAACCAAUCAAAAUGAAUAUACUGAUUAUAAUGAAUAUACACAAAUGCAUUAUGAUUGGAUAAAAAAUUUAUACAUAAACAGUAGAGCAAAUUUAUUUCCUGACUGUUUUAAUACAUUAUUAGAUAAUUAUAAUAAUUAUUUAAUUGGAACAAAUAUCAGUAAUUCUGAUGACAAUAAAUACAAUAAUAAUAUUAAUACUAAAUAUCAAAAUAAUUAUAUAAAAUUUCAAAAUAAAGUAUUUGAAUUACCGCGACAAAAUCAAGUGUUCAAUGAUCAAUGCAUCAAAAAGUGUAGACAUGCGGAUGAAAACACUGACAGUGUUCGUUGCCUAAUUAAUAAUGACGAAAAUACAAGUGUACACGCAUCACCUAGGCAACAAGAAUACACGAAUGUAGAAAAGGAGGAUAAUAAAGACUUAGAAUAUUUAGAAAUUGGACUACAACAACAACAACAGAGACCGCGACAACAAGGACGAGAAUCAACUGAAGAGAAUUUAAAAUUAAGGUCAGCUUGGAACAUCGAAAUGAAGGCAACAAAUACCUCAAAAAAUUAUAAAAUAUUACGGAAUAUUCAUUUUGAUUCAGUCAAACAAAAAUUUAGAGUUGGCGGUGGAGAGGGCGGAAAUAAUGAAUGCUAA